AUGAGAAAACAGAACAAAGAGCGCGGGCUCCAUAGGAAGCACUCUGGGGCACCUCUGGGGCACCUCUGGGGCACCUCUAGGGCACCUCUCGGGCGAUCUUGUGAAGCUUUGCGGGAACAUUACAACGCAAAGGCAAAGCAGCUUGUGCGGGCCAAUGCCCGAGCCAGAGAAGCGGCCAGAAUGGGGCAGCAUUUGGCUGUGUCUAGCUUUGACAGUGAUGGAGAGGCAGUGACAAGCUCCUGUCUUGGGGAGAACCUUCGCCACACCUUCCCUUGGCUGGGGGGCUUUCUGACUUGCCGCAAGCAGCUGGGUGCUGGCACAUAUGGCACUGUCUUUGAGGCAGGAUUCGAGGUGGGCACGGCCGUUGUGGCAGUCAAGGUGCAUUCCCCAGACAGUGAUGUUCAAGACCUUGCAGCUGAGCAUGCGUUCCUUGACCGACUGAGACACCCUUUUAUCCUUGCAACUUUUGGCUUCUGCGCCAGCAGCACCGUUGCCUUGGUUUUGGAGCUUGGCUGGGGGCAUUUAGGGUCGUUCCUGGCAGAGAGAGUUCCAAUCACCCCAGACGGACUUCUUCUUCGGUGGCAGAUCUGCCACAACCUGAUAAUCUGGCUAGGCCGGGGUAAAAAGCGUGGCUACACUAACCUGCUCGGAAAAGCAGCUCGACAUCGUUGGUUGCCAGCUCAACUUCCACAGCUGUCAGAGAAAGAGUUGAAAGAAGUGGACAACCUCCCUGAAAAGGCAGACUUGACACGGGUUCAUGCACAGAUUUUGUUUCACAAAGCUGCUUUGUCCACCGGCGCGGCUCGUGCAGUUCUGUGUACAGAUCUGUCUGCAUCCAACUUUUCCCGGCAUCAGGUUUUUGUCGGCAAACUGAGGCACCUCACAUGCUCAGAAGUGUUGGCUGCGAAAGGGUACCGGCUUGGCGAAGUGAAUCUCCAAUUGUUACCUCGGUCAACAGCUAUUGCUUAUGCAAAUGCCGCUACUCCGGUUCCAGUGGCAAUCUUGUGCUUAGCUUUAGGCUUGACCAUAGAGAAGCUGCGACGCCAGGUGCUCUUCUCGGGAUGA